UAGAAUGUGGGGUUUAGUUAAGUAUGCGGCAGCGGAACAAGGGUUUUAGGGAGAGCAGGAGAAAACAAUGGGGAGCGGGAAAGAAAGGAACUCUAAGAACAAGGGUAAGCCGCUUGGCCCCAAAACUGAGUACAACAAGAACAAGAACAAGAAGAAGCAACAGCGGCCCAACAAGAAUACCCAAAAUGAAAACCAAAUCGGAACUCAAAACAGCGAAGACGGCAACAACAACAACAACAAGCUACAACCGGCAUCGCCGUCGGCACAACUCAACUCGUUCCUCGACAAGUUUCAAUCCGCCAAUCGUCUCCAGCUUUCUUCUCUCGAAUUGGACUCCCUCAACGAUAAAUGUAUUGUGGACCUGUCUGGAAGCACGGAUCAAGAUGUCGAAAACUUGGGGAAACAUGUGAAGGCAGCUUUUGGCCCAUCAUGGAAAGCCGAACUAUGUGAUAAGCGUCUCUUGGAAGGAAAAGUUGAUCCAGGGAGUCCAGCAGUUCUUAUUAUUAGUACAUCUGCCUUGAGAUCAAUAGAACUUCUAAGGGGCUUUCGGUCGCUGACUAAAGAAUGCCAUCCAGUGAAGCUGUUCUCAAAGCAUAUGAAGGUUGACGAACAGGUCUCCUUGUUAAAGGACCGUGUUAACAUCGCUAGUGGUACACCAAGCAGGAUAAAGAAGCUAAUUGACAUUGAGGCAUUGGGGCUUUCACGGUUAUCAGUGAUUGUGCUUGAUGUGCACCCAGAUGUAAAGGGCUAUUCCCUGUUGACGCUUCCACAAGUAAGAGAUGAAUUUUGGGAUUUGUACAAGACGUAUUUUCACCAGCGAUUACUCCAAGGUUCCUUGCGUCUUUCUCUUUAUGGUCCAUUAAUAUCUGAUAAUGAGUUCAAGGGAAAAAAGAAACCCACUGAAUAGUUAUAUAUAGUUUGGUACAAACUUGAAGCCAGUGUACUAUUUUUUUCUCCAGUGAUCUUUAGAAUGUUAUGUCUCACUUCUGUAUUGGAGUUACUCUGCAUAAAGUGAACUUUCUUUCAAGCUUGUAUUUUUUGUUAUGUUGCUGAAGAUCAAAUGUUAAAUUUGUUUCUCUUUCAGUGACUUUAUUUAUUUUAAACAAGGAAUAUGGAGGAAUUUUUAUUUGUUA